AGCUGCCAGGAUGGACGACGUAUGCCGUCCAAAUCACUGAUGGAUGUGCGAAGUCGUAUCUGACCCGGAUGCAACCAUCAACCCCGCUGAAUUACGCUUUGCUUUGCUUCGUUCUCAAGUCUGGCAAUGGAUCCGACGAGUGGAAGCGCGAUGGCG